AUGUUCCCUUCGUCAGCGGCGAUGCUGAAGAAUCUGCAACAAAGUGCAAUGACCUCGCCAUUUUUGAUGGAGAACCUGCUUCAGAGCAAGGCGUCGCCCGGUGCCGAUUUAACCAGCCUGACCUUGAACUGGGCGGCCAGUUUGGUGGCGAGACAACGGGAACGGGAAUGCGAGGCGAGUCUGAGGAUCUCCAGGGAGAAGGUGUCACCGUCGAGCGCGAAUCAAGACCAGCUAGAUCAGCGUUCCUCCGGAGGUGCACGUGUAACGGAUCGACCGAGUCCCAUCAUCGACUGCAGGGACCAUCAGAGACUCUCCGGGAGGAUCGAUCGUCAGACCGAUCGGAUGCAGAUUCUGCGUGAGAAGGAGGGCAUGGAGAGAGGUCAGAUCACGUACGUCGACGUUGACAACGAGAGGAUCGACGGGCACGUGAUCGUGGAUCGUCUAUGCGCGAUGGAGAGGCUCUGCAACGAGAGGAUCGAGAACCGAUCGAACUCGGGGAUGGAUUCGUGCAAUUCGAACGCCGAUGAGGAUCCCGCGGCCAUCGAGAUGGACGGGGGUCUUCAAGGGGAGAGAGAAAAGGACGACGGGAUCCUGAGCGGCGAACGCGUCGCGGCGUUGCAGCAAGACAGGCGAUACGACCUUGGAUGCAGAAGUGUCAUGCACACGUCCGACGAGAUGACGAUUCAAGGGGAGAGAGAGGUGGCGGUCGAGCGUGUCGUCGACAGGAUAGGUGAGAGAACGACCGCCUGUUCCUGCGGCGACGAGCAGUGCUUAGGACCCGCAUGCAGGACCAUCCAGGAGAAGGAGAAGCCGCAGCUCAAGUUCAGCGUCAACGCUAUACUCGGAGGCAAUCAUGACAGGCGACCGCAUUCCGAGAAUUUUCAAGGACUUCCGCCGGAAGCGAUACCGGCAUUCCUGCAAAAUUUACAGAACUCAGCGAACUACAAUAUAGCGAAACCCAUUGCUAGACCAGCUGCUUAUCACCCGUACCAUAGGCCGAGUCAUCAACCCCCUCAGCGUCACCUGCCCCCGAAUGCGCAUCACACGUUGCAACAAUUGUUCUACAGAGGACCUUACUUGACUGUUGCUAGUUCCGGAACCGGAGGUCACCAUCCCGCUGCUCCAGGUGGAGGAACAGCGUUUCCAGGUGCGAUUCAAGGCAGUCUGGGCGAUUUCGCUGGCACUGGCCUUGUAUUUCCGUGGGCGACGAACGCGCGCGGAAAACCGCGCAGAGGGAUGAUGCGAAGGGCAGUUUUCUCGGACCUUCAGAGGCGUGGUCUCGAGAAGAGGUUUCAGAUACAAAAGUACAUCAGCAAGCCGGAUCGUAAGAAACUCGCCGAGAAGCUGGGCCUCAAAGAUUCUCAGGUGAAGAUCUGGUUCCAAAAUCGACGAAUGAAGUGGAGGAACAGCAAGGAGAGGGAGCUGCUGGCCACUGGCGGUUCGCGGGAGCAAACGUUGCCAAACAAGAACAAUCCAAAUCCGGAUUUAAGCGACGCCGAUGGGGACAGACCGAGGAUGGACUUGAGCGACGUCAGCCCUCUGACGAGUCCUCAGCGACCGGAAGAGCAAACGGAGAACGAGGAGGACGAAGAGAUCAACGUCACGUGA